AUGUCCACCUCCACUUCGCCCUCGAACUCUUCUCUAGGCAUAGAAGAAUACUACGGCUGCCUCAUUCCGCGCUCAAGCAAGGUCGAUGCAAUCGUCUUUGCCAAGGAGUCCAAUCGCAAGACCUGGACUAUCGGGCGUGGCGAGUUCAACGCUGCUGUACUCCCUUCGACUGCUAUCAGUCUCACGCAUGCGAACGUCAUAUGUGAGGCGGAUAUGAAGGGCGCUGCACUCAUGUACAUCGAGGAUGUAUCCACGAAUGGCAUCUGGAUUAACGGGCAACGUAUUCCUAAGGAAACCCGUACCCUGUUGAAGGACGGUGCUGCUGUCCACUUCGGGCAGCUCUACGAACACAACGACGAGAACCGGGACUUCCGGUUCAUUUUCCGGCUCAACGAUACUUUUGCUCCUCCCCCAAGCCUCAGCGGUUCCCGUAUCCCUGAACUGAACAAGGACUAUGACGUCUUAGAGCGGAUCGGGUCCGGCAGUAUCUGCCAAGUGUUACUCGCCGUCGAACGCGCCAGUAACGAGUGCGUUGCCAUCAAGCUCUACCAGCGUGGCAAGAACUUUCAGAGGGAGGCCAUGGACAGGGAGCGCACGUUGCUGCAGCACCUUCCGGGACACGAAAACCUAUGUGCGUACAAGGCUUCAUCGGUGGACGCGCCCGAGAGCAAGGUCGGGUAUCUGGUAUUCGAGUACGUCAACGGCAUGAACUUGCGCAAGUUCAUGAAUGAGCACAAGAACGCUCCUAUAUCUGAGGUGGAGGUUCAGCACAUUGUCCUCCAGAUAUGCAAGGCCAUCCAACAUCUCCAUGAUCCCAACAGACGUCUGCCGGGUACCCCACGUGCACUCCUAGGCGCCGUAGCACACGCCGAUUUGAAGCCUGAGAACAUUCUGCUCAUGGACGAUGUGUCUACGGUCAAGGUUGCCGACUUCAAUGCGGUCAUAUUCGCCGGCGAGACGCUGAACGACGUCCGCGGCGCUGAGGCGUACAUGGCGCCGGAGAUGGCGCACCCGGCGACGGUUGACCACUUCAUCGACAACUACAGCGUAGGCGUCCUUGCUUUUGAGUUGCUCACUGGGACUCUUCCAUACGUCAACAAGACUCCGGCACCGCCCACGGCCCAGGCGCGCAUUGCUGCGCGUGUCGCUAAGAACCUAAAGGCUGCUCUGCGUACUCGCAGUGCCGAGGCUCUGGACUUCAUCGAGAGGCUUUUGGAACAUAGGGCCGGCAAACGCAUGUCGAUGAACGAAGCGCUUGAUCACCCUUGGCUCGACGGUGCUGGCCGCUCUGCCCGUUCGAAAGGCAAGCGGCGUGAGGUGUCCAACGAAGAGGACGACAUCGACAUGCGCCCUGCGUCCCCGAUGAAGGACUCCGCACCUGCUGACUGCGCGGAUGGCGACAACAGCGAUGUUGACAUGCGCCCCGCUUCGCCCAUCAAGCGCAUCACGGAGUCUUCAAGUUCCCCUACCAAGACCUCCGGCGUACGCUUUCCCAAGUCGGCGAAGACGGAUGCAGGAGAACCCGUGUUCCCCAAACCAGCGUCUUCCCCGCGUAAGUCUAGGACCAGUACCCGCGCCCAGGCGGAGAAGCCUACUAGCCAGCGGGUGACGCGCUCUAUGGCUGGUGCUGCUGGGAAAGGGAAAUAA